UCCCACUUACAACAAAUUAUAACCCAAUGGCGUUUAGCUAAACUCUUCUCCCUUAUAAAAAUCCUCCAUCCUUAUCAUCCAACAUACACUUACUCAUUCACCCCCAAAUCAAAAAUCAAAAAGCUAAACCCAGAAACUCAAAUCAAAAACCUAAAACCAGAAACUCAAAUCAAAAGCCAGACCAGAAAAAUUGUAAAAAAAUGGAGGGCAGAGAAGAAGAUGUAAGACUAGGAGCGAACAAAUUCUCAGAAAAACAAGGGUUAGGAACAGUAGCACAAGACAGAGAUUACAAAGAACCACCACCAGCGCCAUUAUUUGAACCUGGUGAAUUGACAUCAUGGUCAUUUUACAGAGCAGGAAUUGCAGAAUUUAUCGCUACUUUCUUGUUUCUUUACGUAAGUAUUUUGACUGUUAUGGGGUAUGCUCGUGCUCCCAAUAAGUGUCAAACUGUUGGUGUUCAGGGUAUUGCUUGGGCUUUUGGUGGAAUGAUCUUUGCUCUUGUUUACUGUACCGCUGGAAUUUCUGGAGGACACAUUAACCCAGCUGUGACAUUGGGAUUGUUCUUGGCAAGGAAAUUGUCAUUGACAAGGGCAAUUUUCUACAUGAUCAUGCAAUGUUUGGGUGCCAUUUGUGGUGCUGGUGUUGUCAAGGGCUUCCAACCAACCCCUUACCAAGCCCUCGGCGGUGGAGCCAACUAUGUUCACCCUGGUUACACCAAGGGUGAUGGCCUUGGUGCUGAGAUUGUUGGCACUUUCGUCCUCGUUUACACCGUCUUCUCCGCCACUGACGCCAAGCGAAGCGCUAGGGACUCCCAUGUUCCUAUUUUGGCUCCCCUGCCAAUUGGAUUUGCUGUGUUCUUGGUUCACUUGGCCACCAUCCCUGUUACUGGAACCGGUAUCAACCCUGCUAGGUCUCUUGGAACUGCCAUCAUCUACAACAGACACCUUAACUCAUGGAAUGACCAUUGGGUAUUCUGGGUAGGGCCAUUCAUUGGAGCAAUACUUGCAGCACUUUACCACCAAGUGAUCAUUAGGGCGAUUCCCUUCAAAUCAAGGUAAGAAGAAAUUGAUGACGAUCAUGAUCAUGGGUUGAUGCAAUAAUUGAUUGGAUUAUCCACCCAUUUUCAGCAAUUUGAUGAACAAGUUUUUAAAGUGUCUUUUUUUCCCUCACUAUUUAUCUUUAUUUUUCUACCUUGUUUGUAUCUUUUUGUAUUAUUAUAUGUAAAGGUAUUGCGUACUUUUUUUCCUCAAAGAAUCGUUUUAAUGGGCUUGCAAUUGGAGUGGGGUUGUGAAAAUGUAAAUUCUUGAUGUAAGUUAUGUAAUGUUCCCACUUCGCAUUUCAAAUAUAUUAUCUACUUCUAGUUUUUGUC